AUGGGGAAUUUAUGUUUCUUAUUUCUUCUUUAUUUUAUUUACCAAAUUAACACAAUUGUGGCAUUCAAUUUCAGGUUCAAUUGUAAUGAUCAAGCUAACAGACGCCAACUUUUUACAAACUUUACAGAAGAAAUUGAAAAGGCCCAGUACCUCUUUGAGGAAAUUGCUCUCAGAAACAACAACAGUAUGAUUUAUAAGCUACUAGUUCCUCAGUUUGAAAAAGAAGGUUACUCACCAAACAUAAUUGACUCGAAUUUGAGUGAUAACUUAAAAAAUUCAUCUGAAAUGAUAUGCGAAUUAAAGGAAAUCCCAGAGUUCUACUAUAGAUCAAAAGAAGAUAAAUGUUAUGUUCUUUUACUUUCUGGAGGAGCAAACAGAGGGGCUUGGCAGACAGGAGUUUUGAGAGGUUUAUUGGGACAACAUAUCACUAAAUACAACAACACCCUUAGAUGGGAUGUCAUUGGAGGUGUCUCUAUUGGAGGGAUUUUAGCUCUUGCUGGGUUAUUCCAUGAGCCUGGUGAAGAAUUUCCCUAUGUAAAUCAUCUCUGGAGUCUCUGGUCUAACAUUAGACAAGACUAUCUUUCUGAUUGUACUCUUCCUAUUUGGAAAAAUGUCAUCAAAUUUGCUACUCAGUACAUAGGAGGAUUUUUUGGAUCAAAAAAAAGGCCUAGAAAUUCAAUUUGUGACCACACUCCUCUAUAUUUUUAUCUAAACGAUACUUUUGGCCACCUAAUUGAACCUUAUAAAAACGAAACUUAUGUUCAAAUGAAAAGAGAAAUGGCUAACAAUAGUACAUUGAAAAUUAAAAGACGAGAAGUCUUGGUAUCCGCUGUAAGAUAUGAAGAUGGUGAAUAUAUUUCAUGGAAUUCUAGUUCUACAAAACUACCUGAUCUAAUUAAUGCAACACUUGCUUCUACAUCGGUACCUGGUGCGUUUUCACCUGUCCUUAUUAAUGGAUCACAUUAUAUGGAUGGUGGGAUUGUUAUGAACAUGAAUAUUGAACACUCUAUUCAAGCUUGUUUCAAAUUAGGCCUUGCAAAAAGACAAGAGGAUGUCGUUAUUGAUGCAAUUGAGACUUUCCCAGAUACUGGAUCAAAAGUUAAUGAUGAAGAGCCUGCUACUGAAACUCAAGAAAUAACUUUUACAAAGUUGUUAUCAAGAAGUUUUGCUAUUCUUCAUUCUCAAGUCAGAGGAUUGAAGCUUUUAAAAAAUGUUCUUUGUAGGUAUCCAAAAAUUAAUUUGAGAUAUUAUAUAUCACCAAGUAUUGAGGAAUACAAACAAUUCCCUAAAAAUGCGUUUGAUGGAAACAAUCUUACAGGCAUUCUCUAUAUGUUGAGAUCUGGAUUACAGAAAGGUUGGAAUAAUAAUUUUACUUCUAUUAAUGAAUGUAUAUUUGAUAAUAACGGGAAUCCACCCAGUACUAUAGGCUCCGAACUUUUUCCAAUUGAAGAAUAA